AUGGUCGCCGAAACUCUGGUCCAUCACCCUGCCUUGGCACACUACUUGCGUUUUGUCGCGACGACUGUCGGCCGUGACAAGAUCCUGCGCACCCUGCAGUACUUCUCGCGUUUCUACGCUUGGUACCUGUACCGCACCAACCGGCCCCAGGCCUCCAUCGACCCCUACAAUGCCGUGAAGAAGCAGUUCGGCACGACGCGCAAGAUCCUGCGUAUCGGCAAGUUCAUCGAGCAUCUCAAGGCGGCCGCCGUCGCCCUGGACAACAAGGGCCCCGUCGACCCCGUCCUCCGCUACCUGGCCGUCGGUCGCCAGCUCGGAUACGCCGGCUACCUGACCCUGGACAGCAUCCAGGUCAUCGACGUGAUUGGCAUCCGCAAGCUGGCCUCCGCCAAGCGGUUGUCGGAUAACGCCUACCGGUGCUGGCUGGCCGGAUUGGUCUGCAGCUCGAUUGCCAGCGUCUACACUAUCUGGAGACUGCAGGAGAAGUCGAAGACUAUUGACCUCAAGGAGGGUGAGGGUGUUGUGGAGGCGAAGAAGUUGCAGAAGGAGCGCUCGACUGCUCGUACCCAGCUCAUCUCGGACGUGUGCGACUUGGCCAUCCCCGCCUCUACUCUGGGAUUGAUCUCGCUCGACGACGGCCUUGUCGGUAUCGCUGGUACGAUCAGCAGUUUGAUCGGCGUGGUGUCGCAGUGGAAGAAGACCGCAUAA